AUGUCAGAAGCCCGCGAGUCCUCUCCCACCCCAUCAGAACGAGCGCGCCAGGACGCCGAAGACCGCAAGCGCGAGGAGGAAGAACAAGCCAAACUCCCCUACAAGUGGACCCAAACGCUCGAAGAGGCCGAAGUCACGGUUCCCAUUCCGGGCAACUUGAAAGCGCGAGAUUUGGUGGUUGACCUGAAAAAGACACAUAUCAAAGUCGGGAUUAAAGGUCAAGAACCGAUUAUUGAUGGCGACUUCCCCCAUCCCAUCCAGACGGACGAAUCGACCUGGUUGUUAUCUACCAAACCGGACGGCAGCAAAGAAAUCGUCAUCAACAUCGCCAAAGCGCGCGGCUCGUACUGGUGGGCGCACAUUGUGACGUCGGCGCCCAAGAUCGACAUAACGAAAAUCCAGCCCGAGAACUCCAAACUGUCCGAGCUGGACGGCGAGACGCGCGGCAUGGUGGAGAAGAUGAUGUAUGAUCAGGAAAUGAAGCGGCAGGGCAAACCGACCAGCGAUGAGCAGAAGAAGGAGGAUAUCUUAAAGAAGUUUAUGGAGCAGCAUCCUGAAAUGGACUUUAGCCAGGCGAAGAUUGGGUGA